CCACCUGGCGAACUUAGAGCCGCCUAAUGGAUUUAUCGUUUAAAACGCGCCGUAUUAUGCAUUGGGAAAAAAAUAUUGGAAAACGUGUACAGGAAAGCUUUCAAACCUGAAAUUCUCCGUUUCUUUGUCAAAGAUUGUUCGCUAUAGCACAAAGGGCUCAGAAUUGUGACUUCAGAACUGUUUCUUUUCUCAAUAUCACUUAGGCUUGGUGGCUUUACAAGUAGUGUUUUAUGACUACUGGUACCUUCUAGCAUCUGUAUUUGAGUUUGGAAAUGGCUAUUGCUGGUUCUUUGCAAUUGUCCCAUGAUUUGGGGCUUUGCAAGAACCAGGGGUACAAAAAACAAUAUCAGAGUAUAUUGAGGAGGGGAGGCAAGAUUCCGUUACUGAGUACAAGACUCUCGUCACGUGUUUCGUUUCAGCAAUGUGAUUCUUGGAGUAUUCGUCUAUCAGGCAAUUUGUAUAGAUCCAUAUGUCCGGUAUCACAUAGAGGUAAUGCUUUUAGGUGCCAUUCCUCUCUAGUUCCAGGUCAAUCAUUUCAACUUCCUGGCUUGAAGGCUGCUUCCAUGGCAUUGAAAAGGUCCUAUAGUGCUUUACAAGGAAGUCCUAUUAUGUUAAAGUUGGCUCCGGCAGUUGGUGUUAUCAUAUUUGCUAUAUGGGGUCUUGGUCCACUCAUGAGACAAAGCAGAAAUUUACUACUUAAUAAAAAUGAUAGUAAUUGGAAAAAGAGUGGCACAUAUUAUGUUAUGACUUCCUAUGUUCAGCCUUUGCUGCUGUGGACUGGUGCAACACUCAUCUGCAGAGUGCUGGAUCCUCUUAUUCUGCCUACAGAAGCUAGUCAGGUUGUUAAGCAAAGGCUUUUGAAUUUUGUAAGGUCAUUGUCGACUGUGCUUGCUUUUGCCUAUUGUUUAUCAAGCGUGAUUCAACAAGUUCAGAAGUUCCUCAUCGAGUCUAAUGAGCCCAGUGAUACGAGAAAUAUGGGUUUCCAAUUUGCAGGGAAAGCUGUAUACUCUGCAGUAUGGGUAGCUGCUGUUUCACUUUUCAUGGAGUUGCUGGGUUUCUCUACUCAGAAGUGGCUCACUGCCGGAGGUCUUGGGACAGUGUUGCUGACUCUUGCUGGCCGUGAGAUAUUUACAAAUUUCCUUUCAAGUGCAAUGAUUCAUGCAACCCGACCUUUUGUUGUGAAUGAGUGGAUUCAAACAAAGAUUGAAGGCUAUGAAGUUUCUGGUACUGUGGAGCAUGUGGGUUGGUGGUCCCCAACAAUUAUAAGAGGUGAAGAUCGUGAAGCGGUUCAUAUUCCAAACCAUAAGUUCACAGUGAAUGUUGUGAGAAAUCUCAGUCAAAAGACGCAUUGGCGAAUUAAAACCCACCUCGCCAUUAGUCACUUGGACGUUCAUAAAAUUCAUAAUAUUGUCGCUGACAUGCGCAAAGUCUUGGCCAAGAAUCCUCAAGUUGAGCAGCAGAGGUUGCAUAGAAGAGUAUUUUUGGAAAAUAUAAAUCCUGAAAAUCAAGCUCUCCUGAUUUUGAUAUCUUGUUUCGUGAAGACCUCACAUCAUGAAGAAUAUCUGUGCGUCAAGGAAGCAAUACUGUUGGAUCUUCUAAGAGUCAUCAGCCAUCACCGAGCCCGACUUGCUACCCCUAUCCGAACAGUGCAGAAAAUUUAUAGUGAUGCUGAUUUGGAAAAUAUUCCAUUUGCAGAUUCUAUAUAUAACCGUGGUGGAAGUGCAUCUAAUCGUCCUUUGCUACUUAUUGAACCCUCUUACAGAAUCAAUGGAGAUGAUAAAGCAAAAUCUCAAACUCGCCAGGGACGAGGAGCUGGAGACCAGGAAAAUAAGGCUGCAUCACGAUCAACACCUGACACUAAAGCUGGAGUUGGCCCGAAGUCCGACUCCAAGACCAAAGAAGCACCAAAAUCUGACGCUAAGGUUGGUGAAACACCAAAUUCUGAUGCCAAGGAGCACAUAAAAGGUGCAACAACAUCCAUGUCUGAUCCCAAGGUAGGUGAUAAAAUGUCAGUGAAAUCAUCACCCAACUCUGUCCCCAAGACAUCUAACCUCGCGGAAUCGUCAAGUCCUGAAUCCAAAGCAGCAGCUUCUGUUUCUGAUAAUGUGAUACAAAACAAAAAGAUCCCUGACAGCAAGCAGUCUAAAAGUGCGAAUCCUGGGAAUGGAAGGCAAAAUACCCAGUUAGAUAACCCGUCAGUUUCCUUGUCAGAUGCUGGUACUGAGAAAGCAAGUGGAUUGCAGGAAUCUCCGCAAUCUAAACAAGGAGCAGAAAGAAAGUCAAAUGGUCAAUCAUCAACGUCAAGACCUUCCUUGGAGGAAAAUAUAGUCCUUGGUGUUGCUUUGGAGGGCUCAAAGAGAACCCUUCCCAUUGAGGAAGACAUGACCCCCCAUCCAACUCAAGGCGAGGUAAAGGAAAUGGCUGCAGCAGGCCGAAAUGGAAAUGCAUCUCCAACUGGUGAGACGGAUGGGAAAGAUGGACAAAUUCCAUUACCUCCUAAUGCAGCAUCUGGUGAUCAUGCAAAAUGAUUGUAAUUGGCUUUUGCAGAUGUCCUAAUUUCUGUCCCUUCGAUGUGCUUACUCCCCUUGAAUUUUCAGUUUGAAGCAUUGUACAAGUUCAGGGUAUAUUCCCCAUGAUUAUUGCAAUCAAAUGAUACUCCGGUUUCACCCCCCA